AUGUACGCGCCGCCGAGUGAAGCUCGAGAAUGGUUGCGACCCGCCAUCGAUUGGCUCGAGGAAACGUAUCCGGUAGACCUGUCGAAGGUCGAACCGCUGUACAACAACCCGAACGUUUCGCACGAGUGGAUCAACAUCGCGCGUCCGGGUGGUGGGAUUCACUCCUUUGCGAGCUGUCUGGAUAAAUGGCUUCCCGACUCAGAAAACGUCGAUCUCUUUAUUUUUGAGUUCUCGGCUACGCUCGAGCUCAUGGAUGAAGGCUCUGUGGCGGAGGUACACCUCGCGCGUCUGACGCACGAACUCGAGACAAUCAUGCACCAGUUGACGCAGCGAAAGCAAAUAAUAGAGGGAUCCGAGGAGAAGAGAAACAUGCCAGCGUUCAUGAUUGUGCACGCUCAGAACUGGUGCUCGCCACGCUUUGCGAAAGUGUCGUCGGGGGACUCCUUCGCGGCUACGCGACAAUUGUGCCGAGAGUUGCCCGAUUCGCUCAUUUUCAAGGGCUACAACUUGGACGUUCCGCGAAAAGAAGCGAUGAAAAGUGCGAUCCGCGACGCUUAUACGAGAUAUCACCCAGUACUCGAUGUGUACGAGCGCUUAUCCGAGCACUACGGCAUCCCCGUGGUCAACCUGCGACGAGGCAUGUUUGACGUCAUGCGCGAUUCGACGCAAGACGAGAGCGCGCCUUUUGCUCUUUUAGAUUGGACGCGCGACGGCUUACACCCGACGCAACCGAAUGCUACACGAAUCGUUGGUAGCUACUUCGUCAAUGGUUUGCGCAUGGCCAUCGACGCGACGCGUUUGGCGUACGCCGACGAGGGAGGACGAAAGCCUUUGACAUCGUACGCACCUUUCACAUUCGUGUCGGUUGAAGCGCGAGACUCGGACGAACAAGGUCGAUACGUCUCGUCCGCGUAUUGGUCUGCCAGAGACGACGCGGUGUCGCCACCGAAAGAUGCGGCGCCCGGAAAGUUGCCUCCGAUGCUGUCGUCGUCGAAAACCGCGCAGAUUGUCUCGAAAUGUUACGAGUUUGGGAAAGAAACGCUGACGCACGGCGGCGAUGUCGUCGAUGACAUCGAAUCGAGCGGCUUCUUCGCGUGGCCUCCGAUAGUGGACGAGUCACCGGACUGGACGUACGUCGAACGCGAAGAAAGCGGGCGAACUGCGCACAAACCAGGGUACGUCGCGACGAAGAAAGGCGCGUACAUCGUCGUGCGUCAAUCACUCGGUAAACCGUUCGGUAAAGUCAAAGGUGUCACCAUUUUGGUUUCGACGCUGCAUUCGUGGUCUGGUUACGGAACGAUCGCCGUAUCCUGCUCGAACGGGUGUUCGUGUGAGGAGCGAGUCGUAAGCACGCAAUGGGAACGCAGAGUGAGUCUCACGAACGCCGACUCGAUUCCAAUAACUAUAGAUGGUGUCAGCCUCGACGCGGGACCGCAGAGCGUCGAGUUCGAUGGAUCGAACACGUGCGACGUGCGCAUCGAGGUGACGAGUGGUGAUGGCCACCGCGUGAAACUCAUCGGAAUAUCGACGUCGUACGAAACCGUCGUGGAAUAA